ACGGGCGAGGUUUUUUGAAAGACGCCUCCAUCCUUCCUUCCUUCCUUCCCCUUCGUCUCCCCCAGCACACAACCCAACCCCGCGGCGCGGCGCGACGCGGCAGAUACCACACCCCUACACACACAGGCUGCGCGGCGGCGGCGGCGGCGUGGAUGACGUGGACGCGGCGGUAGAUGGGGAUGGCGGCGGUGAAGGUGGAGGAGCGGGACGGCUGCGCGGAGAGCAGGCAGCAUCUGGCGCUGUCGAGCCCGUCGGUGUCUGAGGGAGGGAGCUAUGGCGGCGGCUACGCGUGGGCGUCGCCUGUGGUGCCGAGCCCCGCCGAUUCCGGCGCUAGCCGCAGGCGAACAAGUGGCCCUGUAAGAAGAGCUAAGGGUGGCUGGACACCUGAAGAGGAUGAAACAUUGCGCAAGGCAGUUACUGUUUUCAAGGGUAAAACCUGGAAGAGAGUAGCCGAGUUUUUCCCUGAUAGGACAGAAGUACAAUGUCUGCACAGAUGGCAAAAAGUUCUUAACCCUGAACUUAUAAAAGGACCUUGGACUCAAGAGGAAGAUGAGACCAUUAUCCAGAAGGUAAAGGAGCAUGGACCAACAAAAUGGUCCGUUAUAGCAAGGUCACUACAUGGUCGUAUUGGCAAACAAUGCCGAGAGAGAUGGCAUAAUCAUCUGGAUCCGCAAAUAAGGAAAGAAGCUUGGACACUUGAGGAGGAGCAGGUGCUUGUUAAUGCUCAUCGUUUGCAUGGUAAUAAAUGGGCGGAGAUUGCGAAACUCCUUCCUGGAAGGACAGACAACUCAAUAAAAAACCAUUGGAAUAGUUCAGUGAGAAAAAGGCUAGAUGAAUAUGAUACAGGAGCGGCCCUUCCAGUUCCAGUGCAUGCCGCAAAGGUCCCGCCUGCUGAUAACUACAUUGACUUGAAUAAAGAGCCAAAUGUCAGUUUGAGAAACCAUUCAGUAAUAGUUAGUCACUCUGAUCCUACCCAUAGUCCGCAGGUGUUUAGUUUGAAAAAUAUCAAGGGCUGUUCAGACUUCCUCUCUCUUUCCAUGCCAACUGCUCAACCAGUAACUUCAUGUCAAGCAUCAGUAGCUGAUGAUUCUGCUGUUGCUUUAGCGAUAAUGGGGAUGAAAAUGGAUUCUGCUCGUGACAAGGGCAUGGGACUGAACUUUGUUCGUCAGAAGGGUCUGCAAAUCAAUUUGCUGAACGAGAAGGGCCUGGGGAAUAAACUGGGGCCUUCAGGAACAGCUAAGCCAGAUGUUGAAACAGAUAACAUUGGAUGUGAACCAACCUUGGUAAAAGAGGCUCAGUCCUUUGGUUCUCUUUGUUAUCAGAUACCUAAGCUAGAAGAUACAGACCUUGUUCGUUCCCCAGUUUUGUCAAGACAUCAUGGAUCAGAACACGGCGUGGAUGGAUUUCAAUUACCCACUGGCUAUGCUACUCCCUCUCCAACUGAUGGAAGAAAAUCAGAUCAGCUCAGUGUGGAAUCAAUAUUGAAAAGUGCUGCUGAAAACUUCCCAGGUACUCCUUCGAUACUGAGGAGAAGGAAAAGGGAUAAACCGACGCCUUCUCAAGAUACUGAUUUUAAGAUUGAUACAAACAGUGAUGGUUUUGACACUCCCAAAGGGAACUGCACUACAGAUAGCCCACGUUCAUUUAAAACCGCAUCAUUUUUGUCCUUGGGUCGUCUUGAUGACCAACGACUGCCUUCUGUUGGGAAGAUUGAUGUUUCCCCUGCAUAUCGACUAAGGUCAAAAAGAAUGGCUGUGUUGAAAACCGUUGAGAAGCAUCUAGAUUUUUCGGCUGACACAAUGGAUACCUGUGACAUGGUUGGAACCCUGAAAUCUUCUUGCUGGAAUUCGGAGAGCAUCAAUUCCAUCUCAGAUAUUUCAAGCGUACAAGAUAAGAGGAUUAAUGGGCAUAUGGUUGGGCUGGAAACUCUAACCAGUGACUUUGCACACACAACGAAGUUAGAUGCAACCUAAUUCUGCAGUAUUCAGAAGCGCUAGGCGAUCCGCCGAAGAGGACGCAAGACCUCAGGCGUCUAAACUGACCUGUCCCUAGACGCCCGUAGACCAGAGAAUGCAAUUUUGUUGAUCUUCUGGGUACAAAAUAAUCAUUUGCCCCGCCAUCUCUCCUUGGCGUGGUGUAUAUUCGAUAUUCGAGUCAUCUAGUGAUACUUUCCUCAACAGGAAAAGAAAAUCGCUAAUUACAUGUAAUUCAGCUUUAGAAGGAGCUCAGUUGUGUACAAAGGAAAACCCAUAGCUUUAUAUAUAGACUUACAGCUCAACAGGAUUCCGGAUAGUGCGUUUCUUCUUUUCUUUCAUCAACAAUCGUUGGACUAUAUUGGUGGGGGUCUAAAGGACAUGUAAUUUCUUGUCAUUUUAAGCUUCUCUGACGACAUAAGCUUGUUGGAAUUUAAAGACGUGGAUUAUCAUUGGGGAAAUGGCAUUCUGCAUUUUGGCGCAAA